AUGCAAAUUUUGUUCUCGCCCGCAACCGUCACCGCCGACGAGUGGGCGGAAAUUACCGCCACCGUCGCGUCGUUGCGCGGGGAUGCUUUUGCGUUCGACGAGCCGCGCAUGGCGCUCAACGGUGCCGACCCCCUCGCGGCAUCGCCCGCCCCGGCACCGACUGCAGCGCCCGCACCGGCCCCCGCGCCCGCACCGGCCCCGCCGCUGCACCGGCACCCGCACCGGCCGCUGAGCCGUCGGCAAACGACGUUGCCGAGGCGCUUAUUGCGCACGCCGUCGCAACCAAGAUUUUGGCGGCCCCUGCCCCGGCCGCCGCACCCGCCCCCGCGCCCGAGGCCGCACCGGCCCGAGCGCGCCGGUUGCGCCGCCCCGCCCGAGACGGCAACGCCCCCCGCAAUCGCCGUCGAAGGCGAAGCGGCGCAACCGGCACCCGCACCCGCCCCGGCGCCGAGCGCACCGCCGCCCCCGGCCGCCGCGCCCGCGCCUGCAAUCGCCGUGGAGGGAAACGAGCCGAGCGCCGAUGCGUCACCGGCGCCCGCGCCUGCCCCGGCCCCGGCGCCUGCCCCGAGUGCGCCAGCGCCUACGCCCGCGCCUGCCGACACGGCACAUGGCGGGGACGCUGCCACCAAUGCGUCUAGCGCAAUCAAUCCGUUCGCCGCGCUCAUGCAAGAGGUGGUCGCGAGACAGGGCGCCGGGACGCUCACCAACGAACAGGUCAUUGAAAAUUGCCAAGCCCUCGGGUUGACCGGCAUCAAAGACUUGUCGUUGCGACAUGACCUUAUCCCGUCGUUCCGCGCGUUGAUCGGCUAA